AGUCGGAGGGAGAGCGAGAGGGAGAGAGGUGGGCAGUAUUGAGGAACUGAGUUCAUACAAUACUACUGAGACAUCUACAGCUUAGCAGACAGAUACGGUGAACCGCCUCUCCCGGCUCCUGUAAAUGAUGCUGCGCUGAAGCACACUUUGAUCCAACUCCAUUGGGGGGCGAUGCGCUCUCUGCAUCCCUCCUUCAAGAGUUUUUUUGGGAGCGUGCACAACCUCGAAAUCAGUCAAAAACAAGUGGUUAUAAAAUAAAUUAGGGUUAAGCUUUCAGUUUUUCAUCAGAAGUCCUUUUUUUUUGCGCUCUUGGAUUGAAGUUUUACGCGCGGGUCAAGAAGCAUUUAACGCACACGUGCAAGUUUGGUGCCAGCGUUUGUAAACUGGUAAAGCAAAAAAAAAAAAUAGUAGGAAUUUGUUUAAAGCAAACGUAGGCUAGGGAUACAAAGUUAAUGUAAAACAAGCCGGGAUCGGUGCGUAUCGUCGGCGGUGGGAUUGCGAGCCCAAGACACCAGAAGAGGAAUUACAGCGUCCUUUUCAAUCAAAGUUGAUCGCUGUGCAUGAUUUUUUCUUCAUCUUCUUCUCUUGCACAUGAGGACCACCGUUUUGUUUUAGCGGCAUGGAUAAGUUUUUGUAGUGGAUAACAUUUUUGUUCUACUUGCAUUGCGUUUUGCUGCCGCUUCCGAUGAGGAUCCUCUCCCACUUCAGUUUAAUUCCAGGCACUUCUCUUUUUGUAAACCAGUGAUGUCUCCACGCGACGGUACUCACGGUUGAUUUCAGCAUCAUUAUAUCGAGCGGGAUAAAAAGAAUUGCUGCCGUAGAAGUGAACCUCCCAUCCACUCUUGAGUAUGGACUUAUUAAGUCAGGCUCCUGUGCUGGUGGUCUUGCUCACCUGUGGGGUCUUGCUAUGUCAGGCCCAGGAGAGGGACUACACGGUGAAGGAGGAGCAGCCUGAGAACGUCCGCAUUGGGAACCUGCGCAAGGACCUGGACCUCAACCUGGACCCCAACAUCAGGUUGUCCUCACCGCUGCAGUUCAAGCCUGUGUACAAGACGGGUGACGUGCCUUUGGUGAGGGUGGAGGCAAACACAGGGGAGAUCUUUACCACCAAUCACAGAAUUGACCGGGAGAAGCUGUGCGCCGGGGUCUUCGCUGAGAAACGCUGUUAUUAUGAGAUCGAGGUGGCCGUGCUGCCGGAUGAGAUCUUCCGAUUGGUAAAGAUCCGCUUCCUGAUUGAGGAUGUAAACGACAACGCGCCCCUUUUCCAGUCCACUGUAAUAAACAUCUCCAUCCCGGAGAACACAGCCAUCAACACUCGAUACCCGGUGCCCUCAGCAUUUGACCCUGAUGUAGGAAUCAAUGGGAUCCAACAUUAUGAACUGGUCAAGAGUGUCAGCGAGUUUGGCUUAGACAUCAUAGAGACUCCUGAAGGGGACAAGUGGCCGCAGCUUAUCGUUCAGCAGAACCUGGAUCGCGAGCAGAAGGACACCUUUGUGAUGAAGAUAAAGGUAGAAGAUGGUGGCAACCCUCCCAAGUCCAGCACCGCCAUCCUCCAAGUCACCAUUUCCGAUGUCAAUGACAACCGUCCCGUCUUCAAGGACAGUGAGCUGGAGGUCACAGUGCCGGAGAAUGCCCCCGUGGGGACAUCGGUUGCUCAGCUUCAUGCCUCGGACGCAGACCUGGGUUCCAACGCACUGAUCCACUUUGCCUUCAGCAACCAGAUCUCUGCCUCAACCAAACGUCACUUUGCCAUUGACAGCUCUACAGGACUGAUCACGGUGAAGCAGCCACUGGACAGGGAGGUAACUCCAGUUCACAAACUCAUCGUCCUUGCCAGUGACGGCAGCUCCACCCCCUCCAGAGCCACAGUGAUUGUUAAUGUAACAGACAUUAAUGACAAUGUUCCCUCCAUAGACACUCGCUACAUUAUCAACCUGGUUAAUGGGACUGUUCUGCUGUCUGAGAAUGCUCCUCUCAACACCAAAAUAGCUCUCAUCACUGUUACUGACAAGGAUGCAGAUCUUUUUGGUAAAGUAGCUUGCUACACUGACCAUGAUGUUCCUUUUCGAUUGAAGCCUGUCUUUAAUGACCAAUUUUUACUAGAGACAGCUGCCCCCCUAGAUUAUGAGACGACUCGAGAAUAUGCAAUUAAGAUAGUGGCCUCGGAUAGGGGGACGCCUCCUUUGAACACUUCAGCUAUGGUUUUAAUUAAAAUCAAGGAUGAGAACGACAAUGCACCCAUCUUCCCCCAGCCGGAAAUCCAACUUUCCAUACCGGAGAACAAUGACCCUUCUACGCAGUUAAUAAAAAUCAGCGCCACUGACGCUGACAGUGGACGUAAUGCUGAGAUUAUUUAUACUCUUGGCCCUGAUGCGCCUGACGGGUUUAACAUAGACAGACGGUCAGGAAUUCUCUCCGUUGGCAAACGACUGGACAGAGAGAAGCAAGAGAGGUACUCAUUCACUGUCAUAGCGAGGGACAAUGGCUCUGCGUCCCUGCAGAGCAAUGUCACUGUCAGGCUAAUCGUCCAGGACCUUAAUGACAACAGCCCAGCUUUCACACACCCUGAGUACAACUUUUAUGUGCCUGAGAACCUGCCUCUCUAUGGGACUGUGGGCUUAAUCACAGUGACGGACACAGAUGCGGGAGAUAAUGCGAUUAUAACACUGUCCGUUUUGAACGGGAAAGAUAAUUUCAUCAUCGACCCCCAAACCGGUGUGAUCAAACCCAAUAUCACCUUUGAUAGGGAGCAGCAAAGCUCUUACACCUUUAUGGUCAAGGCAGUUGAUGGAGGGCAACCUCCGAGCUCCUCCUAUGCCAAGGUCACAAUCAAUGUGGUAGAUGUGAACGACAAUCGCCCUGUGUUCGUCAUCCCAUCCUCCAAUUACUCAUAUGACCUAGUGCGAACCACCACCACCCCUGGUGCUGUGGUCACCAGAGUGUUUGCCAUUGACAAUGACACAGGUAUGAAUGCUGAGCUGCAGUACAGCAUUAUCAGCAGCAUCAUCAUCACAUCUAGGGUCUCCCCCAGAGGUCUCUUUGCCAUCGACAAGACAACGGGUAACAUAACACUGCAGGAGAAAGUAGUGGCAGCUGAUCAGGGGUUGCAUAGGCUGGUAGUCAAAGUCAAAGAUCUGGGUCAGCCCGAGUCAUUACAAGCUAUCGCACUUAUUCACUUGUUUGUCAAUGACACUGUGUCAAACGCUACCUUUAUCCAAGAGCAGCUGCGAAAAAGUAUGGAGACACCCUUGGAUCGUAACAUAGGGGACAGUGAGGUAACACCUCAAGCCAAUGGAUAUGUGAUUGUUGUCAUAGCAAUCAUAGCAGGGACCAUGACUGUCAUCUUGGUGAUAUUUGUGACUGCCUUGGUGCGCUGCCGACAGACACCCAGACACAAAGUGGUACAGAAGGGCAAGCAGAGUGGCGAGUGGGUGUCACCCAACCAAGACAACCGUCAGAUCAAGAAGAAAAAGAAGAGAAAGAAGCGAUCCCCCAAGAGCCUCCUCUUGAACUUUGUGACCAUCGAUGAAUCCAAGCCUGACGACCCCACCCAUGAGCAUGUUAAUGGCACACUGGAUCUCCCUGUGGAGUUAGAGGAGCAAACCAUGGGGAAGUACAACUGGGCCACAACGCCCACCACCUUCAAACCUGACAGCCCCGAUUUAGCCAAGCAUUACAAGUCUGCGUCCCCUCAGCCUACAUUUCAAAUCAAACCGGAGACUCCAGUGGCUCCAAAGAAACACCAUGUGAUCCAGGAACUCCCCUUGGACAACACGUUCGUGGUGGGCUGUGACUCACUCUCCAAGUGCUCAUCGACUAGCUCCGACCCGUACAGUGUCUCAGAGUGCAGCUGUCAGGGGGGAUUCAAGACUGCGGGGCAAAUCACCACCCGACAGAACCUGAGCCAGACACUGGAGAAGUCUUUCAACUCACCGCUCCCCAUUUGUCCUCAUAAGGAGACCUGUCAACUUGGCAAGAUAACCUCUGUGAAUACCCAGCGCCGCGUGACGUUCCAUCUUCCAGAUGGUUCCCAGGAGAGUUGCAGUGACAGCGGGCUGGGAGACCCGGAGCCGAGCAGCACAGCCAGCACCACCCAACCUCUUCCCCUCAACUUCCCCCAGGAGGAGUACUAUGAGCAAACAUCACCAAACAGCCGCACUGAGGGAGAUGGAAACUCAGACCCUGAAUCAACUAUCGAGGUGAACCUUCAGAAAGCCUUGGCUGAGGCCUCUGAGACCUGCACCCAGGAGUGUCUGAUACUGGGCCACUCCGACAGCUGCUGGAUGCCCCCAGCCCUGGCCCAGUUCCAGGGUCCUGGCAGUAACAGCCCCACCUCCACCCCUAUCCCCACCGCCAUCACCGGUACAAUGUCCUCUUUUGGCUUCCAGCAGAGCUGCGCCCGGGGAGCCAAAGCUAACAUGGUCAGCAUGGGGGUCAUGGAUGGCCGCCAUACCCUGGGCAGGUCUGUGCCCAAAAAAGAUGAACUGGACAAAGGGAUCAACCGGCCGCAGUUCUACAACACCCUGGAUAGACAUUGCAGUAAGAAAGAGGACCCCUUCAAGGUCAUCCCCCUGGCGAGCUUCUCCUCUCCUGGGCAGCAGACGCCCACCGGAGGGGGCAGCAGCUCUUUCUUGCAUGAGCACCAGUUGUAA